AUGACUCCAAAUGCAGGACUUGGAGCAAACUGUGCAAUUGAGAGUGCCGCUUGUCUAGCAAAUGUUCUUGAGAAACUGAUGCACCAAAAGCACGGUUCCAGUCCACCAGCUUAUUCUGACAUACAAAUGGCGUUCGGAGAGUACGAGAAGUCACGCUAUGGUCGAGUUAAAACUGCUUAUGAAACCUCCUACCUUUUUACUCGACUUCAAGCCCUGGAUAACAAACUAUACAAAUUCCUCUACACCCAAAUUAGCCCUGUGCUGGGGGAAGACUUUGAGAUAAACGCCCUCACCAACAUUGUGAUAGGUGGUCCUCCUCUGACCUUUUACAACUACAAAGGCAAGAAAGGUCUAGUGCCUUGGGAAGGAUGGAAUCUUUCGGCAAGCUCAAACGCCAGUCAGUCACCAGUACUGCGUACGAUAAAUUGGCUACUUUAUCAUAUGGCACCAGCGAUGUCUGGAUGCUGGCUCACUCAGCACCUGGUGCUGGCAAGUGGAUCAAAUCAAAGCCGAGGUAUGGACUCCGUGCUAUAUCCAGGGCAAUGCAUUGGCGCAUUUGGAAAUUUGCUCGCUAUUGGAACGGUCAUGGCUGUCGAAACCUUUCGCGGGUCAGUUGGCAAUACAUGGAGUGUAUUGUAA